GCGUUGAUAACGAACAUCAGUACAAGUGUUGGUGGCGGCGGUGGUGCACCGGCAGCCGGAGGUGCUCCAGCAGCAGAAGCGGCGCCAGCAGCUGCAGCACAAGAGGCAAAGGAAGAAAAGAAGGAAGAGCCGAAAGAGGAGUCCGAUGAGGACAUGGGUUUUGGUCUUUUUGACUGA